CGCAAACUCGCAAUAAAUCAACGGCCACACACCCCCGAUCGCUCUCUUCUUCUUCCCAUUCUUCCGUGAUACCCAUUUGCCGCGUUCUUCAUUUCUUGCCACCAGCUGCCGGUCCAUGACUACCCUCCAAGAGCGAUAGCCGCAUCCACAACCCUCAUGUACAAGCCGUCGAUUCUGAGGCCUGCGCUUCACGUCGCCCGCCAGACCCCAAUAAGGGUGUCUCGACCAUUUAUCCGUCAUGCGAGCACCGAAGUCAAAGUCCAGCGGGUGCGCUUCAAGAAGCGCAUGUUCACCAGAGUAACGCUCGCCUCAUUAUGUCUCUAUAGCGCCGCAUACUACACAUAUUUCCAAAUCAUAGGCCGCCAGCUCGACCGACUGGAUGAAGGCGAGGGAGUGGCGAAUCCUGGUCGGGGCCCCGCAGACUCAACUCUCGACGAGGACGACGAACUCGAGCCCAUAUUCAUUCCCCUGGGACUCACGAAAGCGAGGCCGAAGACAUAUUACAAAGGCUCGGAUCCAGAAUGGCAAGAAUUUAGGAAACUUGCGCCGGACCAGAAGAAGCAUGCGAGGAUGCGAGAUCAACUCGUCACAAUAGUACGAACGCAAAUAGCAAACGACAAGCGCUUCAAGCCCCGCAUGGGCGACAUCAACAUCACCUUGGGCGCCCACUGGCUCGACAUCACAUUCCCAGACGGCCCUCCUACAGAAUACGAGCGAUCCGGCAUUGAGAUCGGCGACCACAUUGCCUGGACCGCUCGCCCAGUCAGCGAACUCAACUACCAUCGCUUAAAUCGCGCUCUCUACCCCUCUGCGGUCUUCUCGUCCGUCCUGGCUAGCUCGAAAUACCUUGUAGACAGGCAGACGCAGAUGGUCAAGAGAUUUUUCAAUCUUCCUGUUAGUGAGGAGCAGCAGAAACAACAAUAUCGAAAUAGCAUUCUUAGGAAACCGACUACGCCUACAGGAAUAGAUUCAAAUGCUGAUGCUGACGCCACUCAGCGCUCCUCUGUUCCGCCUCCACCGCAAGUCCCACAAGUCCCUGGAUCGAAUCCGCAGGAGAAGAACGUAGCGUUUCCAGACUUCUCACCAGCACCUCCCAAGUCUAUGGCCCUUUCCAUCUUUGCGAGCACUCUUGCCAAGAACUGGCAGGCCUUCAAGCUCGAACCUCCCCGCGGUACCGUGGUAGUAUCGGGAUUGAUCGAGAUCAAGGGGUCCAAGGCGCGGAUGACUAUGGAUGUAAAUGCAGCGUAUGAUCCGAAGCAGGACAAAUUUGUCAUGCUCCAGGGCGCCAUUAGGAGGAUACAAGACAUGAGCCAGAGACCUAAGGGCGGUAAUUAGGGCUCUCUGGGUUGCUUACUUUCGUUUUCGUUUUCUAACUGUUCGAUGCUAGGGCGGAGGCGUUCAAAGCGUUGACCAGCGUGCAUAGGAUCCGGCGUGGUUUCAGGCAUUUCAGCUCUCUUUACUAGGAGGAUGGCGUCUUGGGUUGAUCAACACUCUCCAGCGUGUCAAUCAGGGGUUAUUAAAGCCUGAUAUCGAGUUCAGGACGGAUGCUUCUCUGAAGUCAGCGGCAUAGAUAGCUCGGUGUAAGCCUCCAAAUUAAGCGUUUGUUUUCCAGUUCGUUCGUUGUUUACUUUUCUUCUCACUUACUUGUGACUGUACAAAGUUCUCGAAUACAUUUCGGCAAAUCCAGCCGACGCAUACAGCAACGGUUUU